AUGAUGUCUUUCAUGGGGAACCAGCCUCAGAACGAGGCUGUCGGCUACUCCUUCUCUCAGCCAACCACUGCUCCAAACAAGGAACACUCAUUUUAUCCGUACACUGACAACGGUGGCUCGACUUUGGGUAUCACAGGUGCUGACUUCGCUAUUCUUGCUGGAGACACUCGCUCGGUGGCAGGAUAUAACAUCAAUUCUCGCUAUGUUCCUAAGGUUUUCAAAAUUGGCGGUGAUGAUGACAGUGGCGAGGGCGCCCACAUUCUUUUGUCGGUUGUGGGCUUCGCUGCUGAUGGCCAAGCACUCAAAGAACGAUUAGAUGCAGUGGUCAAGAUGUACAAAUAUCAGCACGGGAAACCUAUGUCUGUCAGAGCAUGUGCUCAGCGAUUGUCGACUAUCCUAUACCAAAAGCGGUUCUUCCCCUAUUAUGUGCAUGCUAUUCUGGCCGGCUUGGACGACGAGGGCAAAGGAGCGUUAUACAGCUACGAUCCGGUAGGCUCAUAUGAAAGAGAACAAUGCAGAGCAGCUGGAUCUGCGGCGAGUUUGAUCAUGCCAUUCCUGGAUAACCAGGUCAACUUCAAAAACCAGUACAUCCCCGGUAGCGGAGACGGGCAUGCUCUCGAACCGAAGAAGCCUGAGCCGUUACCGAGAGAGACGGUGGAGCAGCUCGUGCGAGAUGCGUUUACCAGCGCUGUGGAGCGACACAUUGAAGUGGGAGAUGGCUUGCAAAUGAUGAUUAUUACGCAUCGUGGGAUAGAAGAGAUCUACACUCCGCUGAAAAAGGACUAA